AUGAAAGCCGCCCAAGUGACUAGCUGGGGUACAGCACCGCAAUGUCGCACAGUCUCGGACCUCCUGCCCCCUUCGCCUACGCAGGUGCAGCUCAGCGUGCUGGCCGUAGGCGUCCCGCGCGUUGUACAGAUUCGCGCCACGGGGAAACACCCCAGUGUCUUCGAUUCCCCCUUACCCUUCGAUCCUAGCAUCGAUGGAGUCGGACGUGACGAUGAGACCGGUGACCUCUACUUCAUUCACCCACUCGCCGCCCCUCUGCUAGCCGAGCGUGCCAAUGUCGAGCGCCACAACCUCGUGAAGCUCGCUCCGAACGCGGACCCAGUCGGCGUGGCGGCUCUGGCCAACCCCAUGUCCAGUAGUUGGAUUGCGCUUCGCCGGCGUGCUAUUGGUGGAUGCUUGGGUCGCACAGUGCUUAUUCUUGGUGCCACCAGUGCUAGCGGACGUGCCGCCGCCCUCGUGGCCCGAUUCUUAGGAGCUGCUCGUAUUAUCGGCCUCUCUCGUCGCGAGGACACUCUGGCCACCGUAGAGGGUCUUGAUGAGCGCGUGGUUUUACGCGAAUCAUUUGUUUUACCCUCUAGGGUCGGGCCGGUUCACAUUAUCCUCGACUAUAUCGGCGGGUCCGCUGCGGCAAAUGUGCUGCAGAGUGCCGAGGUGGUACCGGGAGAAAACCUGCAGUACAUUCAGGUUGGCGGACUAGCAAGCGACGAUACUCAUAUGCUGCAGCUUGUACCGCCGUACUUGAUCAAUGUCAAGCCGAUUUGUAUUAUGGGCUCGGGACUCGGCAGUGUGCGCCUCCAGGACCUCAAAGACGAGAUGCCAGACAUGGUGGGCGCUAUGAUGCAGAUGCAACCCCCGUUUGAAGUGGAGACGGCCUCUUUGAGUCGUCUCCAGUCGGUUUGGGGCUCGGCUAACGCUUCCAAGAGGCUGGUUGUCGUCCCGACUGCCCGGGAAUGA